GCCCCCUGCCUGCCCCGCUCCAGAUGAAGUGUGAGCACUGCACGCGGAAGGAAUGUAGUAAAAAAACAAAAACCGAUGACCAAGAGAAUGCAUCAGUCGACGUACCAAGUCUGGCCCUGGAGAACGGAGAGAAGGGAGAAUUCCAUAAGUUGGCUGAUGCCAAGAUAUUUCUGAGUGACUGCCUGGCGUGUGACAGCUGUGUCACUGCAGAGGAAGGGCUCCAGGUCUCCCAGCAGAACGCCAAGGACUUCUUUCGAGUUCUGAACCUUAAUAAGAAAUGUGAUACCUCACAGCACAAGGUGCUGGUGGUGUCGGUGUGUCCUCAGUCUCUGCCUUACUUUGCUGCCAAAUUCCGCCUCAGUGUGACUGAUGCAUCCAGAAGACUCUGCGGCUUCCUCAAAAGUCUUGGGGUGCACUAUGUCUUUGACACAACGAUAGCCGCGGAUUUCAGCGUGCUGGAGAGUCAGAAGGAAUUUGUGCGUCGCUUCCGCCAGCACAGCGAGGAGGAGCCUGCGUUGCCCAUGCUCACCUCCGCCUGUCCGGGCUGGGUCCGAUAUGCCGAGCGGGUGCUGGGCCACCCUGUCACCCCCCACCUCUGCACCGCUAAGUCUCCCCAACAGAUCAUGGGCUCUCUGGUGAAGGAUUACUUCGCCAGACGGCAGAACCUGUCCCCAGACAAGAUUUUCCAUGUUAUCGUGGCCCCUUGCUACGAUAGGAAACUGGAGGCCCUUCGAGAAGACGUUCCCACAGCUUUGCACGGCUCCCGGGGUGCUGACUGCGUACUAACCUCAGGUGAGGGGGGUACAGAGCUGGGGACUGCUGGGGCCUCUGGCCCAUCAUCUUCUGAGGUCACGACAGGCCCCCCGAGGGCCAGACUGCAGGAAACUUCCUCGGUGCCUCAUGCCCCUUCUUUGUCUGUAGGUGAAGUCGUUCAGAUAAUGGAGCAAAGCGACCUCGUGGUAAAAGACGCAGCCGUUGAUACUCUGUUCGGAGGCCUGAAGGAGGAGGAGGUGAGGCGCCAUGAUGGAGCCAGCUCCGACGGGUACCUGGUGCACGUCUUCAGACACGCCGCCAAGCAGCUGUUUGACGAGGACGUGGGGGAGGUCACCUACCGCACCCUGAGGAACAAAGACUUCCAGGAGGUCACCCUUGAAAAGAACGGGGAGGUUCUGUUACGCUUUGCUGCUGCGUACGGCUUUCGAAACAUCCAGAAUGUGGUUCUGAAAUUGAAGAAGGGCAGGUUCCCGUACCACUUUGUGGAGGUGCUCGCCUGCGCCGGGGGGUGUUUGAACGGCAGGGGCCAAGCCCAGGCGGAGGAUGGGCGCGCAGACAAGGCGCUGCUGAGGCAGAUGGAGGGCAAGUACGCGGACGUCCCCGUGCGGCCCCCCGAGACCAGCGCCCACGUGCAGGAGCUGUACCGGGAGUGGCUGGACGGGGCCGACUCCCCCAGGGUCCGGGAGGCCCUGCACACCGUGUACCAGGGCCCGGGGCUCCCUGCUGCCAGCCGAGACAUCAAGUGGUGAAGGUGGGCAAGGCUGGGAAGCGGGCCCGCCACCGCCCAGGGAGGGAGACGCUGGAGGAGAACCGCUCCGCUUCUCAGUCAUCACUGUGCUUUCCGGAGCUCUCUCCCCCUGUGUGUAGGCGGCUCCCUCACUCGGUUUGACGUGGUGCUAUCUUUGUAACGUGUGUUCAACUGGCAUAUUUUAACAAGAGAGGAGGAUUGCCCCAAUUCAAGUACCCUUUUAUCU